UUGGACGUUGUUGUUGUGACUCAGAAUAAUACUGAAUGCUCUGUUAUCCUCUUUCAAUUGCUUGCUAUGUCGAUAAGCCACUCCGCCGUCAUGUCCUCCUCCCACGAAGAAAAGGAGCGUUUAAGAAAGUUUUUGACAGAACAUGCUAAUGAGAAAAUUGCAUUCAUUACGAGUGGAGGCACAAGAGUUCCUUUAGAAAAAAAUGCUGUACGUUUUAUUGAUAAUUUUUCCAUGGGUAAUCGAGGAGCAGCAAGUGCUGAAUAUUUCCUUGAAGCUGGAUAUGCUGUGAUUUUUGUGUACAGAGAAGAAUCCUUACAACCUUUUUCCCGGAAGUUCCAUGCUGUGUUUGAAAAUUUGAAAGUAGAAAAUAAUAGGGUAGUCAGUGAUCUCCCUGGUCUUUCAUCUGCUGUUGCAGCGAAUUGCAAAUAUUCCUCAAAGAUCAUAAAAAUACCUUUCCAAACUCUCCAGCAGUAUCUACAUUUGUUAGAAACAGUGAGUGAAGAACUAGCUCCUUAUGGAUCGAGCGUUAUGCUCUAUUUGGCAGCAGCUGUCUCCGAUUUCUACGUAACUAGCGAGAAGAUGCCGACACAUAAGAUUCAAUCGAAAGAAGGUGACCUCAAUCUCACAUUGAGUAUAGUUCCUAAGAAGUUGGAUCGUGUUGUUCAACAGCUUGUUCCAAAUGCUUUUGUCGUAUCAUUCAAACUAGAGACUGAUCCUGCUAUACUUAUUGAUAAAGCACGAGGAGCUUUGGACAAAUAUGGUCAUCAACUGGUUAUCGCUAACAUGUUAGAGACACGAAAGACUGAAGUCACAUUAGUAGAUAAGGAAUUGGCUAUCCCUCUCCGUCUUUCAGAACAUGAUGUUCGAGUCAAUGGAAUGGAAAUUGAGAAAUUGAUAGUAGAGAAACUUCACGAACUUCAUUGUGAUUUUGUGAAAACAAAAAAUUAA